AUGGUAAGAAAAGAUGUUUUUACUCUUAAGUUUGCUGUGGUUUCUCUCUGUGUCUUUGGAUUGUCUAUCGGUCUCAGCUCAGGAACACAAGUGGGUCUGAGUGAGAAGGUCCUGGUGUUCCCCUAUGAGACGGACUUCAGCUUCGUGGCCCUGCUCCCUCAGAAGGAGAUGGGCCUGAGGGCCCUCACCCUCUGCAUGCGUGUGGCCACCGAGCUGCCUGACGAGCGGCAGGUCAUCCUGUUCGCCUACCGCACGGCCGACUACGACGAGCUCAACGUGUGGCGCGAGAGGGACGGCCGCAUCUCCUUCUACAUGAGCGGCGAUGGCGUCCUGUUCCACCUGCCGCCGCUCACCACCUUCCGCACCAGCCUCUGCCUCACCUGGGAGUCGCGCACAGGCCUCACAGCCUUCUGGGUGGACGGCAAGCGGAGCACCUACCAGGUCUACAAGCCCGGACACACCAUCCGGCCACAGGGCACCGUCCUCCUGGGGCAGGACCAGGACAAGCACCUGGGGGGUCUGGAGGCCGUGCAGAGCUUCGUAGGGGAGGUGACCGAUCUGAACAUGUGGGACUUCGUGCUCUCCAGGAGCAUGAUCCAGGCCUGGCACUACGGCCACAAGGUGCCCAAGGGGAACGUCUUCGACUGGGCCACCAUCGAGUACGAGCUGAACGGGAACGUGAUGGUGGUGGAUGAUGACUGA